GCAUCCCCAUUACUUGUACGCUUGUACCUCAUCAUACAUCCGUCGAAGUCACAAUCAAACAUGCUUGGCAAGAUCAAGGACGCCUAUGAGGAUGCACUUCUUGAGAGCUCGUCGACGUUGACCACGGUCGAGAGCACGCUUAGGCAGUUGACCUGGUUCUUGCCCGGAAGAUUCGAGGAUGCUGAAAUUGCGAGUGAAGGGUUGUACUCGGCGUUGUCAAUCAUCGGGAUCUACCACGACUCGUUGAUCGCUAAACGGCUCGAUCAGAUACCUUCAUUACCUCCAUCCCCCUUCCCAGUCGUUCACACCUACACUUCUCCUCCCAUCGAGUCAAAUCCAUCGGACAGACUUAUCUCUGGAUCUUCUUCCACCUCAUCCGCUGAAGCAUGGUCCGCCCGUCAGAAGAUCCCUCGCCCGUCCGAUCAUUCGAGGUACACACGGCAUUUCUGUCAGACGUCACCGACUUACAACCGGGCGAGCAGGAUCCUCGUAUUCAUUCAAUACGUACAACUUUUGACGGAGAUGGUCGUCAGGAAGAAGCGAGGCGACAAGAAGCGGUGGCAGGUCCUCUUGUGGUUGGAGGGGAUCAAAUCAUCGUUACGUCUAGUCAUGCUAGGAGUGACAAGACGACCACUCUUAAACUCGCCCAUCCCGGGACGGGAAGUCGACCCAUCCUUACUCCCCUCAAAAACACCUCGCCCGGACCCUCUCGCCGCCGACCUGGAAGAAUCCCUCCCGGAUCUACCUAACAUCCCCGCCCUCCCUCCAGCUCCUCUGCAUUCCCACGUCUUGCCUCUGAGUGACGCCUUGCCAGAAUCACUGCAAUCACCCGCACAGGACCUCUUGCCCCGGCUCCACGGAACCAAGGAAUGGAUCGGGGAGACGAUGCAUGCGACCGAGGGUUUGGUCUGCGUCUUGACCUACAUCUGGGUCGCUCAUCGUCACCAACGCCAAGGGCUACGACCAGGCCGGGGAGCCAUCUCCCCAACGGUCCCCGCCUCGUGGAGUCUAUUCAAUCUCGCCCAAUCGACCACGACGACCAGCUUGGUCCCUCUCAUCUACAUCCUCAUCUCCCGGUUACUCCGCCGGAAACCCACGCGGGGGGACGAAGGCAUGACCUCCCUGCUCGCUGACACGUACGCUGAGAGGGAUAACAACCUCGUCUGGUACCUCGUCCGGGGGUCCAUCUGGCAGCGAUUCACAAGGCCCAAGGCGAUGGGGUUGUUGAACGCGCUAGACAAGGUGUGGGGCUUGAACCUGAUCGCGACGUUGGUCAGGGAUCAUGUCGACCUGGUGGACGACUUGUAUUAUUAUACGGCGAGUUGAACCUGGAUGUAAUCGGUGUAGUCUAUACCCUGCGAGAAUUCCUACGCAUAUCCAUGAUUGCCGUUGCUGUUUGCGUCAGGACGAAACCUCUCAGAACUGUUCUUGUUACGAAGCGAAUUGGGAAGUAGCCCGGC